AUGGCGGCUGAAGUGCGGGAUACCAAGGUCUUCCACGCCAAAUUCUUCGGCGGGAAGGCUGAGAAGCCCGUCAUUGCUGUGCAGUUCAAGCAGGCGCAGGCACAGCGUAACGUGCAGCGGUACAAAAAGGUGCAUAAGACUGCUAAAGCUGAAGCCGAUGCCACCUCCGUGCUUCUGCCCAAUCAGGCAGGUUUCCUACAAGUCGGGGAAGAUGAGAAGACAUACAACGUAUCGCAAGACCAAAUACUGGACGCAGUUGAUAUCGGCACCAGGAAGAAGUCAUUUUCGCUGCAGCUGCAACACGGCCCCUACCGAUGCGAUUACACAAGGGACGGUCGCUACAUGCUCCUCGGAGGCGAAAAGGGGCAGUUGGCGCUGUUCGACGCGAUCGACAUGAAGCCCUGCUUCGACAUAUCGGUGAAGCAGACGAUACGCGACAUCCAAGUGCUCGACAACCAUGAGCUUCUGGCCGUCGCCCAGAAGAAGUACGUGCAUAUCUACGACAACAACGGGGUCGAAGUGUACUGCCUACGCGACCUCGGGCUCACCUACCAGCUGGAGUACAUGGCGCCCUUCUGGCUGAUGGCUGCCAUCGGGGAGUUCGGAGAGCUGAGCUGGCAGGACAUCACGAGCGGCGAGAUAGUCGCGCGCUAUAAGACUCGCAAGGGACCGUGCAAGGUCAUGCGGCACAACAAGGACAACGGUGUUAUCCACCUUGGACACACGUCAGGUGUGGUCACGCUAUGGACGCCCAACGAGGGAAGGCCCGGAGUUGAAAUGCUAGCCCACAAGGGCCCCGUGGUGUCAAUGGCUAUACACAACAACUACAUGGCCACGUCGGGGUUCGAUGGAUUCUGGAACGUCUGGGACCUCCGCAACUACAGCAAGGCAGUUAGCCGACAGUUCACGGGCCGCACGCCGCCGGAGGCAAUGGCAGUGAGCCAAACGGGAAUUCUGGCCAUGGCGAUAGGCGGUAGAGUCGAGUACUACCGCGACGCAUUCUCGCGUGUCGGCGGGACUGAACCGAGCCUGUACCUCAAGCACCAAUUCCCUGCGGAAUCGGCAAAGGAUAUCAAGUUCCAGCCGUUCGAAGAUGUCUGUGCUGUAGGCACUACCACCGGCGUAUCCACGUUGCUCGUACCAGGCGCCGGAAUCGCAAACUUCGACGCUUUCGCGCCGAACCCCUACGAGUCGAGCUCGAAGAAACAGGUGCAGCGCAUGCUAGACAAGAUCCCGUACGACACCAUCACUACCAAGAACGUCGAGAUUGGCGCUUACAACCGUGAUUAUAUUGCUGCGGAGACGGAAGACGGUGCUCCAGCCCCUGCGGCAAAAGUAGACAGCGGUGGUGAGAUCCUGAAGAACACGCGCAAGAAGAGGCGGUCGAUGAAGGCCAAAACGGCGACUAAGGUUGCGGCGUACGAGCGCACCUUCCAGCGACGACAACAGGCGGCCAGGGAUCGGCUGCGCAACCUGCGCAAGCAGAAGGUGGAAGGCGAGAAGGCGAAGCAGCACAUUAUAGAUGCCAUGACCUUCGAGGAUUCCACUGGAGAACGCCGUGUGCGCGGAUCUGUGCGAGGUGCGGCAUUGUCGCGUUUCGCCAAAAAGCAGUGA